GAGAGAAAGGGAGCUGCUUCCAUCCCGGACUUCCCAGAGCCUGCCUGGAGCGCGCACUCAGCGGCUCUCAGGUCCCCGCGUCCCAGCUGCGGCCCGCGCCCCUCCGCCCGCCUCCUCCUCCAACUUCUCUUCCUCCUCCUCCUCUCUAGGCAUCCCCGUCCCCUCCUUCCAGCAGCUCUAGCUCCCUGUCCCAACUCGGCCUCAUCCCCAACUCUCCGCACUCACUCCUGGGACGCGCGUUCUCGCCCCAUCCUUCGCUUCCUUCCUUCCUUCUUCCUUCCUCCCCGGGCGCCCGCCCUCCCUCUCCAGGUCACCCUCCCGGGGCCCGAUUGUCUCGGUGCCCCGCUCCCGGCCCGCGCCCUGCCCCGUCUCUCCCUCGCAUUUCCUGAGUCGCCCGCCGCCGUCGCAGUCUCGCCGCGGGAUCCCCAGCCCAAGCCCGACAGCCACUGCCCCGGCUCCAGCCCCGCAGUCCGCGGCGCCCGCCCGAGGGAGCCCCGGCGCCUGGGGAAGGCAACAGUGGGCGAGCGCGCCCUCGCCCAGCCCGGCCCCCCAGCCCUGCCCGGCCCGGCGAGUAAGGACCGGGAAGAUGAACAACGGCGGCAAAGCCGAGAAGGAGAACACCCCGAGCGAGGCCAACCUUCAGGAGGAGGAGGUCCGGACCCUAUUUGUCAGUGGUCUUCCUCUGGAUAUCAAACCUCGGGAGCUCUAUCUGCUUUUCAGACCAUUUAAGGGCUAUGAGGGUUCUCUUAUAAAGCUCACAUCUAAACAGCCCGUAGGUUUUGUCAGUUUUGACAGUCGCUCAGAAGCAGAAGCUGCAAAGAAUGCUUUGAAUGGCAUCCGCUUUGAUCCUGAAAUCCCGCAAACACUGCGACUAGAGUUUGCUAAGGCAAACACGAAGAUGGCCAAGAAUAAACUCGUAGGGACUCCAAACCCCAGUACUCCUCUGCCCAACACUGUACCUCAAUUCAUUGCCAGAGAGCCAUAUGCGCUGGCUCCCUCCCUCCGAGGCUACUUCUCAGGGCUGGAAGUCCCGUCAGUUCUGCUGAAUACUAUGCUUGAAAAAACCUUGCCCAGUUUUGAUCCCUGCAAGACUUUGCCACAGCCUCUAUCACACAUCUGUUUUUCUCAAAGAAAAAAUAUAAUAAAAAUGUUUUACUCUUUUACACUGUAUAAUUGUAAGAAAUAGUGUGUUAUUUGUGAAUGCAUGGUCUGACAUUUCUGUACAGUUUGGAGAUAUUUUCAAACGAAACGUAAGAGAAGUCAACAAUAAAACCAAGAAAAGUGAGUAUUUUUAUACCAAACAUUUUAAGUGUGCUGGGAUGGACGAUCUUACACUGGGUUGGAUCACUGUUUUGUGCUCGACUUUUGAAUGCUUGUAAUUAAAAAUAUCUAUUUUUUUCCUCUAAAGUAAGCUGCAUGUUUGAGGCAUGUUUCCAAAUAUUAACCAGAAUUUCCUGUAUUGUGACUAUAUAGAAAUUGUGCCUACCCAGAGUCCAGGGUAAAUUAGCAUGGUGUAGCUGUUAGAACUGUUACCUGCAGUAUUAGGUCUAGAAUCCCAGUUCCAUUAAGACAAUCAACCGGAAGCCCCCAGGAGCUUCUACCAAUGGCUUAUUCAUAACUGGGCAAAGAAAACAUUGGUAAGAACUGCUCAGUGUGCCCUUAGAAAGCCGUGGCAGCUCCAGCUGUGACUAUAAACUGUGUGCCGAGUGUUGUAUUUUUGCAGUCCUACGUUUCCUUUGUAACUGCACGCUCCCGUGUGUAACUCACCUUGCACAAGCCAGCCCCGCAGCCCUGCUCCCCCUGUGGAAGUGCAGGGCUCUCCUCACGGGUAAGGGACAACCCUGGUUUGGGAGGCCAGCCCUGGCCCAUGAGGGGCUGGCUGUGCCCAACCCAUUUGGCUGCAGCAGGCAGCUCAUGUCUCUAUGUCUCCAAAGUGAUUUUUGCAAAACAUUAGCUGAAUCGAGCUGGUGUGUUCCCAACUCUUCACGGCACGGAGCCAAACGGACCACAUACCAUGAGCUCCCGAAUGUCGUGUGCUAUGAGGAUGCCUGCCACACCACACAGAGAUGGAAGCAUUGGGCACUAGAACCAGUUCUACUCAGACUUCAUCAAAGUCAGUCUUGUGUUGUCAGUUGACACAUCUCCAGAGUUUGUGACAGCUCAACCUCUCCCCUCGUACAAGAGCCAUCUGUAAAACCAGUGACCUAAAUUCAGCGGCCAAACACAAUCACAGGCUUUCCUACUGAUCUGCUCAGCGUCUGUGGAAAAUUUCAAUGUGAUGAUUACCUGGUUGGUUUGUGUUCUGCUGUUUUCCAUUAAAAAUAAAGAUGUCAAGAAGCUUUUAAAGGUCACCACAAAAAACCAGCAAGACUCUAGGAGUGAGGGGCCCCCUCUUACCAUAAAUAAGGGGAAAGGGCAGUUAGCACGGGGACUUGUGACAGAGCCACUUUGGUAUUCAAGGACCUGCUUAUGCCCAGUGCCACUUGGCUCUUGGUGAGAUGCCUGUACUCCUCUCUAAGGAAAACAGCCACUUCGACACAGUCUAUUAUGCUUUUAUAACUGUUUAAAGGUACUUUUCUAUGGUCAUUUUUAAAAAAUAAAGUGCUUAUUCCAGCUGUC